UUCUGCUUUGGUGUUGUUUCCGUCUAUGAUUCCAAUCAAUUGGGGCGUCAUUAGUUUCCCAUAUCAAUGCAUACUGCAAUUCUAUUAGACAUUUAUUUCUUCGAUAUGAACUUGUGUAAUAAAAUAAGCUCAUAAGUGCUUUGUAACCUGUGCUUGGCCUUGCAAAAUCAAGUUGGCAUAUCAUUAUGGAAGAACAAGAAGGAGGGAUGGCAGUUGAUUCGGAUGAACCAAUGUCAAAUGAUGAAAGUGAUAUUAUUAUCAAUGAAGUAGAUGGUUUACCAAAUGUUCAUCCAAACUACAUUGAAUUAGAACUUCAGCGUGGUGCUUCUAGGCAGAAUUCUGAAGGCGCACGCACCAUGGAUGAACUGAUUCAUGAUGAAGAUCUUCCAACUUCACUGAUAGUUACAAACCUAGAUAGCUCUAUCUUCAAAAAUGAGGAGAAAAAAAAAGAGCUGGAAUUACUGUUCAGUCAGUUUGGUGAACCAGCUUCAUUCCAGUUUUUCCGAAGCUUUAGGCGUAUGAGAGUGAAUUAUAACUGUCCAGCUGCUGCUGCUAAGGCCAGAAUACACAUGCACCAAACACGAUUUGGAGAGACUUUAAUCAACUGUUACUUCGCACAGCCUGUUUCACCAAUCGAUUUUGAAGAUCAGCACUUGCAACCACCUGCCCCUGUCAAGCAGUUCUUGAUUUCUCCACCAGCAUCACCACCGGUUGGAUGGGAGCCAAGAGAUGAAGGAGAACCAUUAGUGAAUUAUGAUCUCUUAGCUGCUAUAGCAAACCUUACCCCAGGAGAGACACAUGAAUUGCACCCACCAUCAGGCAGCCAACCAGGUAUUGUAGUUCAUGUUUGUGAAGAAUCUGCUGGAACAUCCCAGGGUGGAACAUCACAACCCAAAGCUCGAAUAAUGCAGACAAGGUGCCCAGAUCAUCACAACUGAAUGUUACCUAGAUACUGCCUAAUUUACGAGUUUGCCUCAGUGUGAAUCUUCUAGUUGACAUAGGAAUACCAGUCAUUGAUACUAAUAUGCUGCCUUUAUCCAAUAGUGAAAUGUUUUAAUGCCUGUGAAAGUGAAAAGAAAGAUUAGUAAAUUUCAAACAUAAAGAGAAUUCGGAAUUAUAGGUUCCACCUGUAGUUGUUGAGGUUAGUGUUAGUGGAAAAUUUUGAUUCUGAUCUCUUCAUCACAGCAUUAUGUUAUAUUGUUUCAUGUUUUUUUCUGUCUACUCCUGAUUUAAUACAGUUAAAUUGUUCUCAAGCAUCAGUGCAAGCCAUUUUUUCCUCAUAAAGCACAGUACAUGACUCCUGGUUUUAUAAAUAAAAUAUUUCAGUAUUGUAAUUGAUAUUGGCAGUGUUCAUUAGUGAAAGAAUAUUCAGAUAUAUAGUCUAACUAUUUGGCAUUCCUAUUCAUAUGUUGCAGACUGUCACUUUGGAAUCACUACUGGUAUUAUAGCAUGCCCUGAGAGAUCAGUACUGAAAAAUGUGUUUGUAUCAAACCCCAUGUGACAUGUCAAUUUCACUUCAGUUGCGUAAAGUGCUUCUCUUUCUCUAUUCCUUUAGAUUAUUUAGAAUCACUCAUUUCUAGAGGUUGUGUAUGUAAAAUUGCAAUUUUUCUCUUAUUUUUCUCGAGCUUUGUAGCAUUACACAGUACAGUAUAUUAGAACGACUGAAUGAAGUUAAGUGUCUUUUAGUAUUGCAUUGGCUCAAUAUCAGCUACCAAGAAUUCAUCCCUGGAACUUGUUACUGAUGUAGUUGGAACAUAUAACAAGGUUCAUUGUAUUAGAACAUGUAAUUUGUCCUCCUUGAGCUGCAGUUGAGAGAUUUUACAGAAAAAAUAUAAUAAUAUUAUUUCAUAUUUGAAGUUAUUACUACAGUUUAAAGAAGGUGGGUUGAGCAUCAGUAACAUACACUGGAUUACCUGCUUUGCCUACAUAUUGCAGCACCGUUCUUGUUAUUGUGUUGUGUUUGCAUUGCUGACUGGACAAGUAGUCUUCAGUUUGUUUGUAGAUACAAAAAAAAGUUUGUGUUUGAGUUCAUGAGUAACUGCAGUUUCCACCUCAGUUCUUUGUUUUAGAGCUAGUACUGUUAAUAUAACCUCACCUGCAUGAAUUAUAGUAUAAUGUAGAGUGAGCCCAGUUUCCUUUAUUAAGAACUGAGUUUUAUCUUAAUUAUAUAGUACAAUUUUUAAAACUAGGUUUUUUUAUUAAUAGUCAAGGGAUUUGUUCAGCAUUGUGCUAUAAUAGCAAUUACUGGAAUGUCACACAGCUGCUGCCUAUAUUGUAAUCGAAUACAGAAUGGUAGUUUGUUAGAUAGCCAUUUAAGAAAAGCCAAGAUAGUGUCUUUUGGAAGAGCCUAAUGCAUUCAUUCUGAUGUUUUUCAGUGCUAAACAUUAUCAUGAUAACAGUUUACUGUGACAGUAUAUUACAGUGUGUAGGGUACUUCUGCUAAUUCUCUACAUGUGAAUUUUAUUAUCUAUUUGGAUAAACAUUUUAUGUGUUCCAUUUAUUCUUGGAAGGACAUGGAGCAAUGCAAGUACAUUUUGUUGAACACAGAAUAUGUUAUCCUGUUUCAGUAUGUACUUAAACUUGAUUGAAUAGUCAAAAUAAUGAGUGAUACGAUAUGUACAGUGUACUGUUGAAAUAUUUAAUCAUUAUGCAACAUUGACAUAAUGUAAUAUUGUUACGCUUUGUGUAAAUACUUUCUAACCUACUGUUUAUAGCUAUAAGUAAAUGGGUCCAUUACAAAUGGCAUGUUAUUACAAGUUCAAAUUCUCUGCUGUUCACUACAUCAGAUAUUGCUUUUUGUAAGAAUUUUCUGUGGGCUGCAUAAAUAGCGUCUGUUUCUUGCAAACACGAUUGAAUUAGUGGAUGCAUCAAUUUGGUAGCCCUGCCCUUUCUGAUGUAAUUCUUUUUUAAACUUUGGUAUUUUCUAGUUAGGUAUAUUCACCCUGUUUUUCUUAAUAGGCCUAUAUAAUACAGUCAUGUUUUAAGUCUCUGUACUUUUGUUACUGCACAUAGAACUGUUUCCUUUGCUUGACCUAUGUUCUAAUUGAAUAACAGGUGUCACUGGAGGGCUACUUGACGAAAAUUAGUCAGGUAUGUGUUGAUGUAGAUAAAAAGAAAAUGCAUACACUAACUUAUUGUAGUCCUAAUGUUAUGUCAGUUUUGUUCUCUUCUUCUUGUGGGUUUAUUUGUUAUGAAGAACUGCAAAUAAAAUAUAUUUGAAACAGCUCUGAAGUGACUGAGGUAAUCUAGAAAAUCUUGCGAACCUAGAAGUACUCUGUGUAAAGUUUAUGUUUUUAAGACAGUAAUUAUUCAUCAAGGUUUUUUUUUCUUGUAAUAUACAUAACUGUAUGAGUAUUCAUGAAAUACAGCAAACUUCAUCUGUUACGGCUGGUUAAUUUUUGUGAAGUUUUUUAAAUGUGAUGUCAUUUAGUUCUUUAAUAUAACUUUCAUUUCAACUGUUA